GUCAGUAGCGAUAUCAUAAAGAGGAGCAUAGACUGUCUCGCUGGCACGGUUGCUGGUCACUGGUUACACGUGCAUUUAUGUUUCCUGUGUGGGCAGUGGCCGCGCUGUCUGUGUGCUCCAGUGUAUGCCUGAGUUCCUGGUCUCAUGAGGCGCCAUUACUGGUCACAAGGUAUGGGACCCAAAAGAGAGAACAACCGUAAUUUUCGGAGAAAGAAUUCACAGAGGAGAUUUAAUGACAGGUACGGGUUGGGAGCAUCUUCAGAAACUGCUGAAACAAGCAAAGAUGUGCGUCCUUAUUCCAGCGCCCCACAAGCGUCUUCAGUGCCAGAACUUCCAGGGUUUUACUUUGAUCCGGAAAAGAACCGAUACUUCCGCCUGCUUCCGGGACACAACAACUGCAACCCUCUGACAAAAGAAGGUAUACAGCAGAAUGAAAUGGAGAUGAAGAGACAGCGGCUCCUGGAAGAAGAGAAAACUAGGAAAAAAUCAAGCAGACAUGGAUUAAACGCCUCAAUGCUGGUGUGGAAACGACAACUUGGACUGAUGCAUUUUACAACCUACUGCAGACGUGUCCACGAGCUGAAAGUAAAUCUUAUGCAAAAGAAGGAGGUGUACAUUCAUAGCCCAGAGCCUGUUGGUGCCGGUACGCACAGGUUUGAAUUCAUUCUGGCAGACUCUGAGUGCAAAACACUAUUUGCUGUGAAUGAUGUUGAGAAUGGUUUCUGUAAAUACGGUCUUCUGUCUCUCAAUGGCUUGUGGAAAGAUCUGCCAACAGUGGAGAGUCACGAUAAUCCAUAUUUUACAAAUCAAAAGGUGGUUGCUGCGUGUUGGGCCUCGUUGACUGCGCCUGACUCGCACGUCCUUGUUUGUCUUCUUGGGAAAUCGGAGAUCCCAGGCUGUGUCAGUCUUAUUCCAGCAUGUCUGUUUAAGAACCUGAAUACAGACACUGAUGAUAACCAUCCUGAAAUGCUCUACAACGUCCGAGUUUCCAAUGCAUGGUCAUGUGCGUGGAACUUAAACCCACGAUUGGAAUGUAGCUACUCAGCAGGGCUGAGUAAUCAGAUUCUGGUAAUGAAUGCUGUUACAGAUGUUCGGAAGACUUUCAGAACCAAUAGUGAUGUGUUGGCCCAGCAAUUUGCUACAGAGUCCUUGCUGCUCUAUAAUGGCCUUCGCUCUGGAGAGAUAUUCGCUAUUGAUAUGCGAGUCCCUUCUCUGUCACCCACUAACUGGAGGAAAGCAUUGUCCAUCUCGCAUGGCUCCAGCAUCACCUGUCUGCAACUUCUCCAAGAUGAGAACUACAUGGUUGUAGCGGACAUGUGUGGGCGGAUCAAGCUGUGGGAUGUGCGGAUGGUGAAAUGCGUGCAGUUCUAUGAGGGACAUAACAAUAGCUAUGCUUACUUACCUGUGCAUGUGAAAGAAGAUGAAGGAUUACUGCUUGCAGUUGGCCAGGAUUGCUACACAAGAGUAUGGAACCUGCAUGAUGCCCGGCUUCUGAGAACUAUCCCAUCACCGUAUCCUGCAGCCAAAGACUCUAUACCAAGUGUGGUGUUCUCACCGCACUUAGGUGGAAAAGGACAUAUGGUUCCUGGCUUGCUUAUGGCUGUGAAAAAAGACUUGUAUCACUUUACAUAUGACUCGGAUGCCCUUUAAUCUAGGGGAAUUGUGGGAAGAACUUGUGUUGCUGUGAAAAUGAACAAAACCACACCUUUACUAGUGCCUUCCUGUGGUCUAUGAUUGCUCAACAUGGUCUGUAAUUGCCCAACAUUCUUCUGUUCUUCAAAAUAAUGUCUUCUAUAAGCCAAUUGAUUUUUUUGUUACUGAAGAGUCGAAGGAAUUGUGUUUGGUGUGGUGUAUGGAUUUUUUUUAUUCUUUUUUUCCCUCUCAUCCUCUUCUUUACUUGUAUGUACAGCUAGCACAACAGGCAACCAUUAAGGUAUGCAAGUACAUGUCAAGGGCCUGUAAUCAAAUAUUUUGACUUGAGAAGUAACAUGAAAAUCAUACAUGGUACACCAUACUGAAUAUAUUUUAUAUUUAUUUUUUAACUUUUCACAUAACUUCCCACCUUGACCUUCUCAAAAUAAAUUUGUGUAACCUGAACGGGAAGCCUCACAGAUUGUGGUUACAAUAAUCUCUCAUGGAAGAGCACUCAUUUGCUAUUUGUUUUCCAUUGGGUACAACAAUUCUGUGUUGUGCUACUGGGAUACGUUUUGAGGAUUCCGACGGAGAAUGACCUCUGGCUUGUAUUUUUGCUCUUCCUGGUCUUUCUAAUUGUAUGAAAAAUAUUUUAAUUUGGCAGUUGCAGCUUUUAAUAUAUAAAAUGAUAACACGUUCUAGAUGUAUAGAUUUUAUUGAAAAUAAAAGGCAAGCUAAAAUUGGUUUUAUGUGAAACAUGCUCUACUUUAGCAGUCCGUUAUUGGUGCUCUUAUUGAAGCUGGUCUUCUUCAAAGUCAGUGCAUCAUAUAUCUAUUUUCUGUAAAUAGAUUAUUUUCAAUUAUUUAGAGUAACACAUUUUAAAAUAAAUUAGACCUUUUUGUUUUUAA